AUGUUCCUCCUCGCGGCCUUUUGUCUGUCCCUGGCGGCAAUUGGCGGUCAGGCCAGGCCACUGGAGCCGACGGCCCAGCACAUCGUGAUUGUGACUCCGCAGGCGCAGGUUCACCUGGAGCCCGCUCUCCGCUAUGUCCACGGACUGUCGCCACUGGCCCGCGUGGCCACUCCGCACCACCAUGAGGAGACCAUUGUGUAUGUGCCUGCUGGAACUGCUGCCCAGGUGGUGCCGGUGGUGGAUGCCGUCGGAUCUGGCCGUGCUGGCGGUGCUCCGGAGACCAAGCAGUGGGAGAACACAGGCGAGAUUGCCAACCAGAUCCAGCAGGUUUCCCAGCAGGGCGUCGAGAUCGUCAGCGGCCAGGUGAGCGAGGCGGCAGCAUCCGCAGCCUCCGCAGGAGCGGGCUUCUUCCCCUCCCUGUUCCCGCCAAGUGGGUCCAAGAAGGAGGAGCAGCUGCAGGGCUUGAAGACGGAGAAGAUUGAGCUGAUCGAAACGCCGGCCAAUACUCAGCCAUUGAUUGCCACCGAGGCCAGGCACUUCUACCGUCUGCCACAGGUCUACCACACACCGGUGGUGGAUGUGGUGCAUGGUCCCCUCUACACCUGGCCCAUCUCCACGAUCCGAGCACGCAGCAUCCAGCAGGAACCCGAACUGGAGCUGGCAUCUGCCGAAACUGCUCUGAAGCAGACCCUGAAGGCUGAGCAACAGGCUGAGAUCAAGCCGGAACCACAGGCCUUGUUGCAGGAACAGCCUCUCCUGAAGGAACAGCCCCUGCCGAAGGAACAGCCCCUGCUGAAGGAACAGCCUCUGCUGAAGGAACAGCCUCUGCUGAAGGAACCGCUUUUGGAGCAGGCUGCUCAGGAGUUGAAGCCCACCAUUCCUGAUGCUAGCGAGCAGAAGACCGGCCGUCAGCUGGACAACUCUGCCGUUCAGAAGGUCACCGAUAUUUCCAAGCAGCUGGAGCAAUCCUCGUCUUCAAAGAAGAUUCCCCAGUUCCAGAUUGAGCCUGAGUUGGCGAUUAAGACUGCAGCAGAUGCCUUAAAUGCCAUGGUGCCGCAGGCCUAG